UUAUAAUUGUCAAGUUUCUUAUAUUUAGUGUAUAAAAACUUUGAAAUGGCAGGGCUGAGUGCAUAUCGUGAUCAACAUUUCAAAGGCUCUCGUAAGGACCUGGAGAAAAAAUUAGAGGACAGUACAACUUUAUAUGUUGGAAACAUGUCAUUUUAUACUUCAGAAGAACAACUUUAUGAAUUAUUUUCAAAGUCUGGAGAUGUGAAGCGUAUAAUAAUGGGACUUGAUCGAAAUAAUAAGACACCUUGUGGAUUUUGCUUUGUAGAAUAUUAUUUUCGAGAGGGUGCAGAAAAUGCUGUGAGAUAUGUAAAUGGUACAAGAUUGGAUGAUCGCGUUGUUCGUACUGAUUGGGAUGCAGGUUUUGAAGAAGGUAGACAGUAUGGUAGAGGAAGAAGUGGUGGUCAAGUUAGAGAUGAAUACCGGUCAGAUUAUGAUAUUGGACGUGGCGGCUGGGGAAAACGUUUACUACAAGAGAAAAACAGGAGUCAUGAUCAUUUUGAUAUGGAAGAUUAAUCUGUAUCAAGGAUAUAUUAAAUAUAGAAUUUACAAUGACAUGCAUUUUUGGUGUACAAGAUGGUGAUUUUUAUCUAUAGAUACUGUCCACUAUAAUUGUCAAUAAGGAUUACUGUGUGUGUGUAUAUACGAUGUGGAAGAAGGUGUUCCUUGUACUCUAACAGCAAGAGUUAAAAAAAAUGUUUUGAGUA